GUGUUUUGCGUGCAAAGAGUGAAUAGUGAAUCUAAACAGUAAACAUGGCGGUACCACGAGUAGAAGAUGAACAAGAACAUCUUUCAGCAUUGACAGUAGCCGAUGAUUCGAAUUCGGCCGAUGUUCCGAAUUUGAAAGGCGAUUGGCAUAACAUUUUUAUAUUGUUAGUGCUGUAUACAAUGCAAGGCAUAGCAGGUUUCGGUCUCUAUAAAGGAGUGAUGAUAAUAAUGCAAGCCAACAAACACAUAACUUAUAAAGAUCAGGCUCUUCUUAGUAUAGUUACAUGGCAAUCUAGCUUGAAAAUGAUCUGGGCACCUUUAGUAGAUGCGUUCUGUAUACAAAAAAUGGGAAGACGAAAAUCUUGGCUAAUACCUGUUCAAUAUUUAAUUGGAGGAUGUUUCAUUUAUAUAGGCAAUAAUAUUAACGAAUGGUUACCAGAAACGGAAAAGCCAGACGUAUUGAAAUUGUUUUACGCGGUUUUCUUCGUUCAAAUCUUGGUAGCCACACAAGACAUAGUUGUAGACGGUUGGGCACUAACAAUGCUAAAGAAGAAUAACGUGGUGUAUGCAUCAACUUGCAAUGGAGUAGGCGCACUACUGGGCAUAAUGAUGGGCUCCUUUUCUCUCGUUUUGUUCACAUCAGAAAAUUUUUGUAACAACUACUUACGAUUUACACCGGAUACAGGUGGAAUAGUGACCAAAGAAUAUUUUUUUUACUGUUUGGCCGUUCUUUUUAUUUUAAUAACAACAUUGAUUUUAAUCUUCAAAAAAGAAAAAGAAUACAGGUCAGAGGACAACUACAUAAAGCUCAACGUUAUUCAAAGUUAUCUACUGAUAUGGGAUAUUUUAAAAAAACCUAGUAUCCAGGUAUUGCUGACUGCAUUGUUGACAGCAGAGAUUGGAUUCGCUACAACUGAACAAAAUUUAUUUAUUUUAAAACUCAUUGAAACAGGAGUACCAAAAGACAAUAUUAUGGUAAUAAACUCAUCAACAUACAUUGUAAACAUUAUUACUCCAAUCAUUAUAUCAAAAUACACUUCGGGACCUAAACCAAUGAGCGUAUUCUUAAAAGUAACACCCGCCAGAUUACUUUGGAACAUUACGUUUGUUAUAUUUAUAUAUUAUACAACAAAAUUCCUUACAACUUAUGAAAAUAUAGGUUUUCCAAUUUAUUAUUAUGCAGUUUUAGCAAUAUUAUUCAUAAUAAAUAACAUUCUAAGCAUGACCAUGAUAGUGUCUAAAUUAGCUUUAUUUAAUCGUAUAAGUGAUCCUCGUUUUGGUGGUACAUAUAUGACAUUAUUGAAUACGUUUUCUAAUUUGGGAACAUCUUCAUCGACUUCACUAGCGAUUUCAAUGAUAGAUUUUUUAACAUUCAAAGAAUGCCCAUUAAAUUAUAAUAACAAUUGUUCUACAUCAAGUCAAAACAACACGUGCAUAACAAAUGGAAGUAGUUGCAUUGUAACAGUUAACGGCUAUUACGUAGAAUCGGCUCUUUGUAUAUUGUUUGGAAUCGGAUGGUACUAUAUUUUCAGAGGUACGCUUAAAAAGCUCCAAGUAAAGAGCCCUUCUCAUUGGAUGGUCAAUGUAAAAAAUAAUAAAGUGAAGAAAAAUGAAACAACUGAGUAGGUUGAAAAUACACAGUGAAAUUUAUUACCUUGCUCAUGAAUAAAAUAUAAUAGGUCAAUCAAUAAUAGUUUUGCUUUUUAAUAUUUCAUCUUAGGUAAUCCUAGUUUAUCUAUGUUAAUUUUGUAUUGUUAAUUAAUUUAGUUAUCGUCGAUUAUACUUGUACUAAGUUAAGAUAAAUAAUUUAUUAUUAAACGAUAUUAAAUUGUCUCUA